CUGCUUGGUUGUCGGUGUGUGGAGCUGGGAGUGUGUGUGUGUGUGUGUGAGAGAGGAGGCACCGGAGCCUUGUGUCGUUUGUCAGGAGGUGUGGAGCGGAGGCAGAGGGGUGUACUGUGCAGGCCUCUCUCUCUCUGUCUUUAAACAGCAACACGGACAUUUAAAUCACAAUUGGAGCCUUGUAGAGGUGAGGGAGGCCCGGCUUGGCUGGCUGGCUGCUCUGCGGGGGAUGUGUGAACACAAUGGGAGACGACGCGCUGCCACCGGCCGGGACUAGAAUAAUAUUUACCUCCCUCUAUCUAUCCUUCUCUCUCUCUCUUUCUAUCCGCGCUGUUUGAAAUGGAGACCAGGAUACAUGAGCAGGACCAGGAUCCAGAGCUGUCAGUGGAGGAGGGACUGCAGCGGGUUUAAGGAGUGAGUGUGUCCCGGGGUGAAAGUGUUUGUUCCCAGCUGGGUGAGAGGAGGAGGAGGAGAGGAGGAGAGAGGACACGCUGCUGCCUGUUUGCUGCAUUUGGGUCCAGUUUAAAAUUCCUCUGGGAUGAAGGCGGAAUGUAUUUCCUGCGUCAAAGUGCACACUGUUUGCACAUCUGGAUAAAGGAAUAAUCGGUUGGUGCCCCCCGAGUUGUUUCUCCUCUUUUAAAACAAAUACUGGUUAAACCCGUUUAACCGUCUGAAGAGAAGAGAAACGCUGCGAGGUCAUUGAGUGAUUGUAACCCUCAUGUGCAUCAUCAGUCUGCAGGUUAGUGGCAGGAAGCAGCAGCACUGCUCUUAAUGUUGGUGCUAGAAAGAUUUUAGGAUCAUUUAAAGAGUUUAAAGUGAGAGUCUAAGAGGUGAAGAAGAGGAGGAGGAAGAGGAGGAGGGAUGUACCUGCUGGACAGUAACUGCUCUGACAGGAUGGAGAGGGGCACGCCUCAGAGGAAGACCGUGUACCGGAUCUCUCUCACCUUGGUGAAGAGGGAGAGUCUGGAUGAUGAUGAGGAUGAAGGUGGGUCAGGAUCCAGGCGGGCGGAAAACCCCAAAGUGGGCUCCUUCAGGCGGGAGAGCUCGGUGGAGAUCCAACGCAGCGGCCUCCUGGAGCAGCUGCAGGAGGAGGAAGAUGAGUCUGAUGAUCUGUCCUCCUCUCACGGCUACAUGAGGAAGUUCAGGACGUUCAGCACGGGGCAGCUGGAGCUGGGCCGCCUCAAGAUCUGCAGGAAGCAGCAGAUGCAGAAGGAGCUGAAGGAGAAGGCCGUCAGCCCGUUAGCUGAGAGCAGGCCGGCUCAGAGUCAGGAGGAGGCGCAGGAGGAGGCGCAGGAGGAGGUGCAGGAGGAGGUGCAGGGGGAGAGCGGAGAGCAGGAGACGCAGGAUUCAGACGGGCUUAAAGAGGAUGUUUGUAGUGAAAGUCCUCCGCUAGAGAACGGCGUGAGCAAGAAGAAGAGACUCCUGAAGGCGAGGAGCAUGGAGGAGAGGAGCAGCGAGCCUCCUCUCAGCGCCAAUGGCAACACGUCUCACUCUAAAAGCAACGGCAAAGUGGCCAAAGCGUCGUCCCCGGAGACGCCGCCUCUGAAGCGCCCAGCUGGCCUCCUGCGCCGCAGCUUCAGCUUCAGACACUGGACGGGUGGCGAGCUGCUGCGUCUGCGUGCGCUCUCUAAAGACAAACACCACAGCAGCUCUGGAUGCAUCAGCAGGGAUGAGAAGGAUGCUGAGGCCGCCGUGAUGCUCCAGAACCCGACCCCGACGCCGACCCCGUACCGCAGCGACCUCACCCGAGAGAAGAGCCGCACGCUGGAGGUCGGCGCCGUCCUCAACAAGACUGACUCCAUGUCAGAUCUGAGCCGCUGGGAGCGAGCGCGCGGCAACAAGAACCGCACGCUGGACAACAGUGACCUGCAGCGGCUGGCGGCUGAGAAGGACGCGGCGGGGUCGGGCUUCCUGCGUGGCGGCGCAGGACGCUCCAGUGAGAGAAGGCUGGUGCGGUUCUUCAGCGGGAUCUUCUCCAGGAGGGACGGCACCGCCACCUCCACACCACUGGGAAGCCCCAGCACCAACAGAUCACUGCGGCGGGGACGGAGGACGCAGUCCAGCACGGAGAGCGUUAACGGAGGAAACGCUGACGAUGCAUUUGUGAACAGUCAGGAGUGGACGCUCAGUCGGACAGUACCAGAGCUCAAAGUGGGCAUAGUGGGUAACCUAGCGAGUGGUAAGUCAGCGCUGGUCCACAGGUACCUGACAGGAACCUACGUCCAGGAGGAAUCACCUGAAGGCGGUCGUUUUAAGAAGGAGAUCGUUGUAGACGGUCAGAGUCACCUGCUGCUCAUCAGAGAUGAAGGAGGCCCCCCGGAGGCUCAGUUUGCUCUGUGGGUAGAUGCUGUGAUCUUUGUGUUCAGUCUGGAGGAUGAGAUCAGCUUCCAGACUGUCUAUCACUACUUCAGCCGACUCGCUAACUUCAGGAACGCACAGGAGCUGCCACUGGUGCUGGUGGGAACGCAAGACGCCAUCAGCUCAGCAAACCCUCGAGUCAUCGACGACAGCCGAGCCCGAAAACUCUCCAACGACCUCAAACGCUGCACCUACUACGAGACCUGCGCCACCUACGGGCUCAACGUGGAGAGGGUCUUCCAGGACGUGGCUCAGAAGAUCGUGGCCACCAGGAAGAAGCAGCAGUUGUCCAUCGGACCGUGCAAGUCGCUCCCCAACUCACCCAGUCACACGUCUGUCUGCGCCACGCAAGUGUCAGCCGUCCACAUCAGCCAGACGAGUAACGGCGGCGGCAGUCUGAGCGACUACUCGUCCUCGGUGCCGUCCACGCCGAGCACCAGCCAGAAGGAGCUCCGCAUCGACGUGCCUCAGACCACCAACACGCCCACGCCCGUCCGGAAGCAGUCCAAACGCCGCUCCAACCUCUUCACCUCGAGGAAGGCCAGCGAGCCCGACAAGGACAAGAAAGGUCUGGAGGCUCGAGCCGACAGCAUCGGCAGCGGGAGAGCUAUCCCCAUCAAACAGGGCAUGCUGCUGAAGAGGAGCGGCAAAUCCCUCAACAAGGAGUGGAAGAAGAAGUAUGUGACUCUGUGUGACAACGGGCUGCUCACCUACCAUCCCAGCCUGCAUGACUACAUGCAGAACGUGCACGGUAAAGAGAUCGACCUGCUGAGGACUACGGUGAAGGUUCCGGGGAAACGGCCGCCGCGAGCCGUCUCCACCUGCGCCGCCAUGCCGAGCCCCAAAACCAACGGCCUGACCAAGGACAUGAGCAGCCUGCAGCUGGGACAGAAUGCAGGUUCGGUGACCAGCAGCUCGUCAGUGUCUCAGAUGGCGAGCGGUGUCAGUCUGGUGUCCUUUAACAGCCGUGGUGGUGUGGAGGGGAUGCACCAGCGCUCAUACUCCGUCUCCAGCGCCGACCAAUGGACCGACGCCACCGUCAUCGCCAACUCUGGAGUCAGCACGGAUACAGGUCUGGGAGACUCUCUGUGUUCCAGUCCCAGCAUCUCCAGCACCACCAGUCCCAAGAUGGAGCCUCCGCCGUCGCCUCACGCCAACCGUAAGAAGCACCGGAGGAAGAAGAGCACCAGCAACUUCAAAGCCGACGGCCUCUCUGGUACUGCGGAAGAACAAGAGGAGAACUUUGAGUUCACCAUCGUGUCUCUGACGGGUCAGACGUGGCACUUUGAGGCGACGUCGUACGAGGAGCGAGACGCCUGGGUUCAAGUCAUCGAGAGCCAGAUCCUGGCCAGCCUGCAGUCCUGUGAGAGCAGCAAGAACAAGUCUCGUCUGCCGAGCCAGACGGAGGCGAUGGCUCUGCAGUCCAUCAGAGGUAUUCGAGGAAACGGUCGCUGUGCCGACUGUGAGACGCAGAAUCCGGACUGGGCCAGUCUGAACCUGGGCGCUCUGAUCUGCAUCGAGUGUUCGGGCAUCCACAGGAACCUGGGAACCCACCUGUCCAGAGUCCGCUCCCUGGACCUGGACGAAUGGCCGCUGGAGCUCAUCAAGGUGAUGUCGGCCAUCGGCAACGAGCUGGCCAACAGCGUGUGGGAGGCCAACGCUCAGGGACACAUGAAACCAGGACCGGACGCCAGCAGGGAGGAGCGGGAGCGUUGGAUCCGGGCGAAGUACGAGCAGCGUCUGUUCCUGGCGUCGCUGCCCGGCACCGACAUGUCGCUGGGGCAACAGUUGCUCCGGGCGACGGCCGAGGAAGACCUGCGCGCUGUGGUGCUGCUGCUAGCGCACGGCUCCCGACAGCAAGUCAACGAAACCUGCGGAGAAGGAGACGGACGCAACGCGCUGCACCUCGGCAGCCGCAAAGGCAACGUGGUCAUCACACAGCUGCUCAUCUGGUACGGUGUGGAUCUGAUGGCGAGGGAUGCUCAUGGUAACAGUGCGAUGGCGUACGCUCGGCAGGCCAACAGUCAGGAGUGCGUGGACACGCUGGCGCAGUACGGCUGCCCCGACGAGCGUUUCCCGCUCAUGGCCACGCCCAACCUGUCGCGCCGCAACACCAACCGCAACAACAGCUGCAGCAGCGCCGGCAGCGCAGCGCUCAUAUGACCUCACCCUCACCAUGUGACUCUGUUUGACCAAUAAAAACUCUUUGGGAGAAUCUGACGUUUAUUUUGGGAACCACUACCUGUCGUGACUCUAAGCCCCGCCCACCUCACCUGACGACCGCCGGCGAAAAACAGCGAGACACUGCCGGCAGGUCGGUGGCGGCGCUGCGUCCACGUGUCCGUUUGGGAGAACAUGCAACAGGAACAAAAACCCAAAGCAUGCUGGGAAAUGUGGUCCACAAUCACCUGAGCUCUCCGGAGCAUUUUGGGAAAUAAUCAUGUGACUUAUGACGACCAAUGAGGGCGCAGUCUGAAGCUCCGUGGACAUCGUACCUCAUCACACUACGAGGCCAGUCGAUCUGCUUUCUACCCGACAGCCAAUCACAUCUGUCGAAACCUUCCCCCCACCAAUCAUUUCUUCCUCUGAACACACGAAGAAGAAAAAACUGUGAGACUGAAAAUAAUCACGAAGGAAACGAGGUGGAGUCUGCAACCCUGCUCAUCAUCAUCAUCAUCAUCAUCAUCUUCAUCACGUCUGUCUGCAGCAGUGUUCGCCUCCUCUCUCCUCUUUGUUUUGUUUUCUAAUGAAUUCUGUGAACUCUCUCCGGCCUUUUACACUUUUUUUUGUUUUGUUUUUUUAUGUGAAAAAUAUCUUGAUGUAAAACUUUUAAGAGGAAAAAAAACCGAUAUCAGAUCUUAGAGGUAAAAAGUGAUAGAUCGCAUGUCCUACACACUUUUUGCUCUUUUGGUUGUUUUGUUUUUUUAAUUUAAGGCAUUUUUUCCUGGAUUGUGUAUAUUAUUGUAUCUUGAUGUGCAUUGCUGGACCAAUGGUUAAAAAUGUCAACAUGGGGAAGGUUUUUUUUUUUUUUGUUUCUUUUUGUUAUAUUCGGGUGUAUAAAGUCGUGGAGUGUACAGAAGCUGUUGCCAGGCUCAGGGACCGGAGACUGUCAUAUAAAACAUCCUGUUGUCUUUUCCCACAGAGUCUUUAAAACCAACAUUUAACUUUUCUUUUUUACACUUCAGUCGGUUCAGCAAACACGAGACGAGGUUCUAGAUUAAUACUGGACUUAAACAUCUGGUCCCAUUUAUCUCCAGUAGGAAGAAAUACACGUUUUCAUGGCUGCAGCUAACGAUUUAAAAACUGUUUGGUUUAUAAAAUGUUAGAAAAAUGUGAUAAAUGACUCAGAAUCAGAGCCGACACAUUCAUAAGAAACAAUAAGAAAAUACACAUAUUCAUAUUUUGGGGCUUAAACUGAUGUUUAAAUAAUAAUUUUAGUCAUUUUUUAAGCAAAACUGACAAACAUGGAUCUAGGAUGUGAUGCUUUUCUUACAGUAAACUGAAUAUCUGAGUAGUUUUCUUGGACUUUAUAGACUGAAAGACAAUAAUCGUUAGUUGCAGCCUGAACUGAACCUGAUCCACGUUUCCCUGAAGUUUUUUUUUUUUUAUUAUUGUGUGUAAAAAAAAAAGAAAAGGAAAAAAAGAAAGAAAUUAAUGAAAAAGACGACGGACCGUUAAGCAGCUAAGAAGCAACACGGAACGAAAAAGGGAAUUUUUUUUUGUACAUGUGAGUUUUAAUGGGUGUAAUCUGCUGUCAGCUCUGACCAAUCACAGCAGAGCAGUUUGUGUUUGAUGCUCACAAAAAAUAAUGUUUGUGUGUGUGAAGACGUGUCUGUCCGAUCUGCUCAGCGAAUCACUAAGAAGGGCUUCUUCUUCUUCUACUACUACUACUACUUCUUCUUCUUCUGGUCUGGAAACCUUCAUGUAAAUAAUCUCCUCUCUCUAUUUCUCUCUAUCUCUCUUUCUCUCUCUCUCUCUUUCUCUCUGUCGACAUGUAAAGUUAGAGAAACACAGGAAGUUCUUAACACCAGUGUGUCUGUUUGCAGAGUGGAAGUAGAAGUUUGGCGGUUUUAACCAGACGUUUAUAUAUCGUUGGUUCUCGACUCGUAAAUGUUCGUAGUUAUGCCAACAACCAUUUUCAGUUUUUAGAGCCGCCUCCCAACGCUUAGCUGGACCAAUCAGGACGGAG